AUGUCAGCUAAAGAAUAUGAAGCAGAGGAUGAUUUGUUAGGAUCUAUUCUAAGAAAUGACGAUUACGAAGAAGUUUUUUCUAAUAAUAAUAGUCCUUUACGGAAGUAAGGCUUUGAAAGUGAUAGUGUGAUUGAGAAUGUUUCUACAUCUGAAAAACAUUAUUUCGAUAGUUUCAAUCGAUCAUUCGAGCAGAUGUCUUUGGGAUCUGAUCUGGCCUAAAGUCCGAUGUCGAAUCGAGUUCUUUAUCCUCAGUGUCCACCGAAUCAUCUCAAAUUCUCAAGAUAAGAGGAUAGAUAAAGUGUGUCGAUUAGUUUUGACGGGCCAUCUUUUUCAACAUAAGAAAAUUCAAUCAAUUACAGAAAAGUUGGAAAUGAGCACAUCGGAUACUACAAUAAACAACAAAUUCGAUUGGUUGAUUAUCAAGUCCCAUAUUCUCCAGGAGUAAUGAGACCACAUGGAAUUUAUUAGCCUGGAUUUAAUUAUUAAUAGUCACCAAAUGGAUUAGGUUUUACUGGAUAUUAAUAGGAAAGACAGCCUUUAAUUGAAAUAAAUGAUGAUAUUCAACUGACAAAUGAUUUAGACAAUAUGUGUGGCAAUUAAGUGUUGUCAAGGAAAGUGCAAAAGAUAUUUGAGCAUGGCAAGCCAGAUCAAAGAGAAUUGAUUUUUAACAAAGUAGAAAGAUCUUGUGUUUAAUUUUCCAAAGACGUUUUUGGGAAUUACCUGAUGUAAAAGAUUUUCGAGAAAGGAACUCAACAUCAAUAAUAGAGAUUGUUCAACAAGAUAAGACCUCAUGCUUAUGAAUUGUCGAAGAAUAAUUUUGGAUGUCGAGUUAUUUAAAAGAUCAUUGAAAUCAUUUCCGUCAACGAGAGUUUACAAAAUUAAUUCAUUGACUCAAUCAGACUCUAAGUGAAAUCAUUGCUCUAUGAUUCAAGUGGCAACUACGUGAUUCUCAAAUGCUUGGAAGUCUUGUAGUAGGAAAAGAUCGAGUUUUUCUUAUAGCCAAUUGAAGACUCAACCUUAUACUUAUGUUCAUCUUAGUAUGGAUGUAAGAUAUUGUUGAAAGCUCUUGAAUUGUUUUCUCCCAUUCAAACCGAUAAGAUCAUGACCACUUGUUUGUAACACCAAUUCAAUCUCUGUUAACAAGAGUUCGGAAAUCACAUCUUACAAUUUGCCCUCAAGAGUUCACAUUAUCAACCAUUUGUUGUCAACUUUGUACUUACAAACUUUGAGAAAUUGUGUCUUAACAAAUAUGCCAGUAAUACAGUCGAAAAGGUUGUGGAAGUCUCUACCAAUGAAGUCAAAUAGCAGGUCAUCUCUAUACUUAUUUCUAAAUCCCAAAUCAAUGGAUAAAUCAUUUUUGUGAACUUAUCUAUCAAUCCAUUUGGAAAUUAUGUUAUGAAGAAAAUGGUCAUUAUGUCAAAUCAUAAUAUUUUAUAACCUUUGAUAGACAUUUUGAGAUAAGAUUAAUAUCUGAUCACAGCAAUAAGAUCCUCUGACUUUGGCUAAAGAAUCUAUUAGCUAAUCGAAAAGACCUUAUUAAUGUACAAAUCAUGAAUAUAAUUGAGAUUAUGAUGACAAUAUAAAUAUGAAUAAAAAAUUAGACAAUAUUUAUUAAUA